UCAUCAACUUUGUUUACAUACCGAAAGCAUGCUCAGAAACACAUUCAGUUUCUAAUGUUCUGAGUCGGAUCGAUAUCACAUUGAAAUUCAUCAGCAAAACCAAAUUUUUGUAGCAAGAAUGAAACUUCUCACGUACAAUUUUCUCACCUCUAAGUGCAUCCGUGGUGUGAAGGUCGGAUAUCCACUCAAGUUGAAUAUCGUCGAGAAAAAAGUUGUAUCCGCGGAUUUUAAUUCAGAGUUCAUUUCACGGAUGAUUCCACGGCUAGACUGGGGUGCCAUCAAACUAGCUGCCAAUAAUCUUGGUACGGACCUACCCGCCAUAAUGCCGGAGGAUAUUUCAUCGGACACCGAGACCCUGCAAAAACUGCACCACGUGCUGUUGGAGGUGGACAUUGUUGAGGGUACACUCGAGUGUCCAGAGACCGGACGGGUUUUCCCAAUCAGUGAUGGUAUCCCUAACAUGUUGCUCAAUGAAGACGAGGUUUAAUUUCGGAUUCGAUUCAAGCUUUCUUUUACUCAAGCCUGCAUUUGUUUUGCAUUUUAAUUCAUAAUGUGGGAACAGAGGAACGAUUCAGUGAAAAAAUAAUGGAGUUUUUUCCCUUACCGUAUGCUAUAUUUAAGAUUUAAUCGUAACAAUGUUAACAUAAUUGUAAAUAAACCCGCAACCUUCAACAAAAUAAACGAUGUUUA